CAAGAAAAUAGGCUCCAAUCCUUUGCUCCAGUAAAGCCAAGUUCCAUCAACAGUUCCGUUGUAAUUUGGCCGUCCGGUCGAGUGAGAGUGUGAGACGCGAGCCAGAUUCGUGCUGGUGUUUGGUUGGUCAGGCUAUGCUCGCCCUUGCGACCGUCGCUUUCUCCUAAAUCUAAUUCCGGUGCUCAGUUGGAACAGAUAGCGGCGCAAAUUUGCGUACUGAUUUCAGCGCCACUUCACUUCUUUUCGAAGCUAAUACCAAUUCCUCGUCUCAGCAGAUUUCUGUUCAUUCUACUAUUCAUGCGUUGCAGACGCUUAAUUCUUUCUUUCUUCAUUCGUUUGCGAUUCUGUUAGGUCUGGAAGGACAGGAUGGAGAACAUGGAGUAUGCUGAGGAGCUAGUGAGAGAGUUCCUCAUUUUCAGAGGAUUUACUAGUACACUUCAAACUUAUGAAAGUGAAUUGCGGGCUGAUAUUUGUAAAGGUUUUCAAGUAGAUAAGAUCUUAGAUCUAAUUUUCUCAGUAUAUAUUCCCAAAUUUCAAGCAGAAAAACUAGUUGGUCUUCUCAGUUUCUUCAAACAGUACCUCUCAUCAUCAUCUGAAGCAGUGUUAAUUGGCACCUUGUCUAAAUUGGAGGCUUCCAUUUUACGGUACUACAUAGUUCAUGCAUUGCAAGUGGGAAGAAGAGAUAGAGUGGUAGAUUUUUUUGCAAUGAGAGGCAAUGAAUUGCUGGAAAGGUCCCAUGAUUGGACUCCAUGGUUUGCAAUUCCAUAUAUCAAGAAUCCACACUUGGAUCCAGAGUUUCGCAUUUAUUUCUCCAAGGAAUGGUUUGAGGCCAUGCAACUUUCUGUGAGAAACUUCUUUUGUGAGAUCUUCAAUGGCAGUCGUCUACCUGCUUUGCUAAAGAUUAGUUCAGAUGCAAAUUCUACCAACAACCUCAAAAGAGAUAUCGGUCAACUGAAUCUUAAGUUGUCACAACUCCAGGCUUUACUCGAGGAGAAAGAAGAACAAUUAAGCCAGCUUAGGAGUAUGGAAGGAAGUAAUGAUUCGUCAAGUAUCUUGCGUGAAGAAGGUAUUUAUGCAUUGAAAGAUACUCCAGAAGUUUGCACAACAAUUAAUCCCCAAAUAGGUCAAACAGAAUUUAGCCAAGAUUCUGAUGUUGCUGGGCCUAGUAAAAUUCAUUCAGAGUUUAUUAGCUUCAAUCAUGGUGAUGAUUUAACUUCGCAAUUGGGUGAGCUUUUGGGAAAUGGCAAAACAGGUGAUCCCAGUCAAAUAGUUCAUGACAGUCGCCAAAUAGAGAACAGUGAGGACGUUUAUGUGGAAGAGGACUUUCCAGAGGUCAAAGUAGAGCACCAGGAAACAUUUUUGGGACACACAAGUCCAAUAAGCCGGUGCCGCUUUUCUGCAUCUGGGAACAAUAUCGCCAGUGCAUCCCUUGAUGGAACUGUGAGGAUAUGGACAUAUGACUCAUCAACUCCAGCAUCUAGAAAUGCAACCAUUUAUUGUGGCACAGAAAUCCUCUCUCUUGACUGGGAGUGUAAGUCAGACCGCUUGCUUCUGAUAGGCACAUCUGAUGGGUGCAUUAAGGCAUGGAAUGUGGAUGCAAAGAGAGUUGUUUGUGACCUUAACACAACUGAAACAUUUCCAAGUAUUUUAUGUUGUUGCAGUGUAUUAGAUGUGAAAUGCAGCCCUGUGGAACCAAUUUUUGUGUCCGCAGCAGCAUCUGGGCGUGUCGGUUCUAACAACUUGGACAAUCUGGGCUUUGCUUCAUUGACCGUAUGGAACAUGAAAACAUGGAAAGCCAUGACAGUUCUUCCCCUUGGAGAAGAUCCACCAGCAAUUACUUCUCUGUGCUUUAAUCACAACGGGAAGAUCUUAGCGGCUUCUGCUACUGAUGGAAUGAUUCACAUGUUUGACAUGUCAUGUGGUUUACAAAUCACUGGCUGGCCUGCUCAUGAUUCUUCUAUCAGUUCAAUACUUUUUGGACCUGAUGAGACUAGCAUUUUCAGCUUAGGCUCUGAUGGCAAGAUAUUUGAAUGGAGUUUGCAAAAUCAAGGACAAAUCAUGUGGUCAAGAAACUGUAGUAGGUUGCGUUACCCAGCAGAUCUUAAAUAUUGCAGACAUGAGAUGGCUUUGGAUGGUAGUGGGAGGAGACUCUUAGUAACGUCAGGUUCAGUAAGAGCACCCAUAUAUCAGGUUCAAGGUGGUCGAAGUGGGUGGAGAACGCUUGCUCAUGCAGCCUCUGUUACAGCUGUUGAUUGGCAUCCGAUAUUGCCCAUUUUUUUGACAGGAUCUGCCGACAAUUCUGUCCGAGUAACAUCAUUACGAUAGCUUUUUGUCUAGAAGAUUGUUUCAUUCUUUCUUUAGUGAGCAUUUGAGUACGUUGUAUUUCAUUUCUUCAUUUUAAGAUGUUGGAUCUGUUUUCAUAUUCAGUUUGUGCAUCUUGCUUUAAAGCAUUUCUAAAUAUCCGUCAGUUUGAUGAGCAAAA